AUGGUUAAAUCAGAACCUGAGUUCACUUACAAAGAAUCAAAGUGGUUGGAAAGGUGCCUCUGCAAAGUCAUUGGCAUUUUCUUUUCCUUCUCCUGCCGCCACUUGCUGAAUUCAGUGCCACGCCUGUCCGUUCCGUCAGAGACGACCUUUGAGCCUGAGACCUUGUUCAAUUACAGGUUGCUGAUCACCAUGGGAAGCGGAAGCUCGGCUCAGGCAUACCAGCUGACAGCCGAGGAGGCUGCUGCCGUGGACACCACCCUGGCACAGGUCCCUAGCCUGCGGAGAAGAGUGGAGGACCUGGAGGUUCGCUCGUUGCGUCAACCAGAAGCUGCUGCGCAGAGCGUCCAAGAGACAGAAAGUCGUUUUCCGCAGGCUGGAGCCCCUGGAGCCCCUGGAGUCCACGAUUCGGAGAAACUUCACGAAGAGGUAGCGCAACUGAAGGAAGAGGUCCGCUCGUUGCGUCAAGCAGAAGCUGCUGCAGCUCAGCGCAUUGCAGAACUAGAAAGUCGAUUGCGAGAGGCUGAAGCGCAGAACGUUCAAGAGCCAGAGAGCCGUCCGCCACAGGAGAAAAGUGUGGAGCAACCGUCUUCGGUCGGAGGAACGCCAUCUCCGGUAGAACUGAUGACGAAGGCCUCGCAGGAAGAUUCAUUGCCAAGAGAAGAUGCCAGGGUCCAAAGAGAUGCUGAAGAGACGGGCGCUGUUCCACGUUCAAAGCCAAUGUCGGAAGAUCAAGACGCCACAACUGCACCUGCGGGUGACAAGCCCGGUGACAAGUUGGUUGAGAUCAAGGAUUCAUCUGUGUGGGACGCCGAUGUCGACAUCAAGGAGCCGAUCUCACAGCUGCAGUUCGACCCUCGAUCAUCCACUGGAAAAGCGGAAGAGGUAGCAUCCUUGGAGGCUGAAGAAGUCCAAGAAGCGCGAAAAGCCCAAGAAGCUGCCGCUGCAGAGGAAGCUGCAAAAUGCACCACACCUCACGACCUUGCAAAGGACGGCGAUGACAAGAAGGUUUUCGUGGCUCUGCUGAGCGGCAAAGACUGUGAAUGCCUGUGGUUGCAAGACCGGACCAUCCGACAGCUGAAGGAAGAAGCUCAGCAAAAGCUGGAUAUUGUCAUAAAGCACUUGAUUGGUCCCAACAUGGGGCUGUUGAACGAAGAAAAGAUGCUCUCAGAAGAAAACGUUGUGCCUGGCACCACGCUGACAGUCAUUGCAGUAAACCAGGCAGCAGAGGAUGAGAAAGAAGCGGCAAAAUGCAACAACAACAUCUUCCACGCGGCCAUGCUCCACAGCCUCGGCGGGGUGCGGCACCUGCUGCGGACGGUGCCCGGCGCCGUGGCCGCGACGGACUGCAGCGGCGGCACCGCGCUGCACAAGGCGGCGGCCAAAAACCGCGCGGAGACGUGCCGGGUGCUGCUGGCGGCGGGGGCCGAGCUGGAGGCCAGGGACGCCAGGGGUAACACCCCGCUGCACUGGGCGGCGCGCAACGGCCGUGCGGAGGCGGUGAAGCUGCUCCUUGAGGCGAAAGCCUCCGUCACUGUGAAAGACGACAAAGGCAAAACUCCGUUGGACGAUGCAAGAAGCCGGGGCCACGACAAGAUUGUAAGAAUGUUGGAGCGCGCAGCCUGACGCAAUGAAAAUUGCUACUGAACGGCUCCGCAACUGUGUGAUCUUCUGGAUUGAGUGUUAUGUUAUGAUGUUGAUGUUGGGCCUGCUGGGCCUUCCAUGUUUCACACGCGCAGAAGCGCUACCAAAAGCAACACAUAUUUGCGUGAAGA